CCCAAUUAACCAACUGUUUACCCUUGCCAACCCCACGCUCCAUACACGCCAUCUUCUGCAGUUUCAAUCCAUAACUUGUUCUUAACCAAGCGGCCAUCACCCCAACCCCACGUGUCUGGUGUACUGGAUCUUGCCGAAGCUGGGACACAGCGCAGCCAAGCAAGGCGGUCAUCCGCGGCACCCAAACGCCGGUUAGCUUUGGCCAAGGCUUUGCGUGUAAAGAGCAUGCCCUUUUGGACUAUAUUCCUUUCAUUGCGCGUGCAUGGGGCAUGGGCGCCUCGCCAGGCCUCGCCGCCUAGGGGCGUUUGCCUGUGGCGCCGUGUGGCGCCGCCGCGGCUGGUUCGUGCAUGGCUUGUCAUCAAUAUGGCAGCAAGUGCAUUAUGCUAGCACAUUAUAAGUUUAGUUAAAUUUGAAUCAGUCCUCUGUCGCUGGAAGGGAGCGACGGGAGCGAGCUAACAGGCACGGGGUGUGUGCGCCUGUGUGCGCUGACAGCGCGCGUGUUGCUGCUCAAGCAAACCUUCUCAUAGCACUCCCUUGAGAUGAUAUAUGCCAUGCAUGAAGGUUGGCGGGUAGUUGUCGUCAUAGCAUGGGCGUCUAGAAUGGUGGGCGCAACAUGGGCGUUGCGAACGCAAGCUCUUCCUCUUGAGAGCCAAGCUCCCAAACAGUUGAUUGCACACGUCCGUGGAGUCACUGGUGAUAGCUUGAUUUGAAGUCUAGUGUAGGAGGAGGCUUCGCGCGAGCUUGCAAUCAAGUCUGCAAGCGAGGCAAGCGCUGAGUCGCUGGACAACUGCAGUUGGCGGCGAGCGCCGGUCGUCAAGACCUGCCGCAGGCAGACGCGAGCCCCGUUCCUCUCUAGGACGGCCUUGGUACAGCUCAUCACUCUUUGCUCGUCGUGGCACCCGUUGACGCAGCCGCAAGCCAAAACCCUUGAGGAUGGCGCCCGGCAAUCGGUGGGCCGCCCGCACCGGCCUGCUGGCGACGCUGCUGCUGGCUCUGCAGCUGGCUCGUGGCGUGGUGGCGCAGUCCGCGACCUACCCGCCCAUUGCGGUGUACGACGACUCGGACGGCUCUGACGGGCGCGACGUGAGCCGCAAGGCCGCGCUGACCACGAGCGUGCAGGGCCAGGGCGGCGCGGGCGUGACUGUGGUGAAGGGCCCGGUGGCUCUGUCGCUGGAGGCGCGCACCCACGUGAUGAUGGCCAACACGCUGCAGAGCGUCCUGGCCGGGGGCUCCCGCACCACGCUGGUGAACCUGGUGGACGGCAACGCGGGCAUGCUGGUGCUCACCUCGGUCACCGGCGACCCGGUGCCCGACUACAACGCCCUGCUGGCGCCCUUCCUGGGCGGAGCCAGCCCCGGCUGCGGCUGGGCCGACCUGACUAAGACCGCCAACAACGUGUACGGCUACCCCGGCAUGCCGCUGUCGCUGUUUGCGGGCGGCUCGCCCAGGCCCCUGGCCUUUUCCUGCAGCGCGGGUGCGCCUUGGUUCGUGACCACCGACGGCGCCGCGCCCGUCAUCAUGUUCCACACCCCGGGCGGCGGCUGGGUGAAGCUGCUGGGCUUCGACUGGAGCGUGCCCAGCCGCAUCAGCGUGUGGGAGAAGAUCCUGCUCUACCUGCCCGCCAGCCCGCCGCCGGCGCCGCCAUCGCCGCCGCGGCCGCCCAAGCCGCCGACACCUCCGCCGUUCAGCCCCCCGCCGCUGCCACCCAGCCCGCCGCCGGAGCCGCCGCUGGAGGGCACGGUGAUUGUGCUGACCGACCCCGCCACCCCCUCGGACGUGACACGCAAGACCAAGCUGCGGCUGUCGGUGCUCCAGAUGAUUGGCCAGGGCAACGUGCAGCUGCGCACCAACCCCGGCUACGCGCCGCUUCACACCGUGUACGACAACACCUACAUCAACCUGCCGCAGGCCAGCAAGGACUACAUUCUGGACCUGGUGCGGCGCGGCAAGACGCUGCUGUCCAUUGUGGUGACGCCCGAGCUGCCGGAGGAGCGGCUCACCCAGGUGCUCACGUCCGCGCUGGGGCAGCCGGCCAAGUGCGUCAAGCGUGCGCUCAUCGGCGCCGCCGGCAACACGCUGACUGCCGCCGGCUUCUCCGACUACUCCAACCUGCUGGGCGUGCCGCGCUUCCCCAACACCAUGAUUCCCGCCAACAACACCGUGUCUCUGGUGUGCGACAGCGGGCGGCAGCUGGUGCUGGUGGAGGGCGCGGACGCGGCGGAGGAGGGCGUCAUGUGGGAGAUGAGCGUGGGCCGAGGCACCGUGCGCCUGGUGGGCUUUGACUUCACCACCGACGGCUUCCAGACCACCUGGCAGAACAUCACGCUGGCCCAGCGCCUGCCCGCCAUGGCCUCCAUCGCCGUGGCCAACAUCAAGUCCAUGCUGCCGCCGCCGCCGCCCUUCUCCAACCCCUCGCCGCCGCGCCCGCCCCGCCCGCCGCCCAUCAUGAAGCCGCCGCCCAGCCCGCUGGGCGGCCGCGUGCCGGCGGUGGUCAUGCUCACGGACCCCACGCCCCUGCCCGACGCCGACCUCAAGCAGAAGCUGCAGGAUGGCAUUGACGCGCUCGGCAACUCGGCCGGCCUGUGGCCGUUUGGCGGCGGCGUGGAGGGCGCGCUGGUGCACGUGGCGUUCGACACCACCCUGGUCCGCUUCACGGCUAGCCAGCUGGCGUCCCUGGCGGCGCUGGUGCGCGCGCGCAAGACCGUGCUGAGCGUCAUCUUCACCAACAGCACCACGGACGUGCAGCUCACGGCCGCGCUGGCCGCCAUCACCGGCGCCAACAGGCUGCAGUGCGUCACGUCGGCUGUGGCGGAGAACCAGCGCGUCAACCGCGCCGUGCCCGACCUGAUUGGAGACCUGAAGAGCGACGGCUGGCGCGCACAGCUCGUCACUCGCUCCGUGCGCUGCAACACCGGAGUCAUCCUGUUCAACUCCAACGCGGACUCGACCCAGGCGGUGGUCCACGAGAUGAGCACCCUGCCCUCCAACGCCAGCAAGAGCGGCAACGACACGGGCGGCGUGGUGCGCCUGAUCGGUUACAACUUCUUCAGCGGCGGCCGCGGCGACAACCGCAAGCCGCUCACCUCGCUCACCAUCUUCUCUUCCAACCUGGUGUCCCAGGCCGCGCUCUCCAACGCCACCCUGCCGGACCUGGCGGGAGGCAAGCCCUCGCCGCCGCCCGUGCAGCCGCCGCCGCCGCCGGCCCGCGCGCCGCCGCGCCCGCCCGGCGGCGCCAUCCCGCCGCGCCCCAUCCGCCCGCCGCCGCCGCCGCCCGGUGCCGACGCGCAGGCGGUGGACACCAUCGUGCUGGUGGACGCCGUGCCGCCCGCCACGGCCGUGGACGCCGACCGCAAGGCCAAGUUCCUGGCGGGGGUGCGCGAGGUCAAGGACAUGGCCAUUGUGGCGCAGACCGGGCUGGGCGCAGCGCGCUCACACGUGGUGUACGACAACACCUACAUGUCGCUGCCGGCCCUGGUGCGCGAGGACCUGGUGACGCGGGUGCUCACGCUGCAGACCCUGCUCACCAUCAUCGUCACGCCCGGGACCACCACCAACAACAUCACCAACAUCGCGCGGGAGGUGACGGCCCUGGGCGGCGCCGUGCCCAUCAGCUGCACCAAGGAGCGGGUGGGCACGGGCGCGCGCAUCCGCCUCAACCCCGCGCUGUCCAUCCUCGACGUGCUGGGCCCCUGGCGCGUGGACGGCGGCACCAGCGCCGUAAGCUGCGCCGGCGCCACCGGCGUGUACCUCACCACGGACAGGAGCCGCCCCGUCAUCCUCGAGUUCUUGACCCCCGGCGGCGGCACGGUGCGCUUCAUCGGCUACGACUUCUCCACGGGCGCCCGCGGUGCCGGCAAGAUCGCGCUCACCCGCCUGGCCGUGUCAUAUACACGCCUCACGGGCACGCCCUCGCCCUCCCCUCCUCCCUCCCCUCCCCCCUCGCCCCGCCCGCCGCCGCGCCCGCGCCCGCCCUCGCCUCCCUUUGUCGUCCGCCCCUUCGCGCCGCCGCUGCCGCCCGACAUGCCGCUGCCGCCCGCGGACCCGUCCUUCCCUCCCUCGCCGCCGCCCGCGCCUCCGGCUCCGCCCCUGGACACGGGCCUGGUGCUGGCCGCCGUCAUCACCGACCCCGCCGGCACUGUGCUGCCCACUGCGGACGCCACACGCAAGAGCAACCUGUUCGAUGCCGUGAACAGGUUCCUGAACGGCGCCGCCCGCCAGUCGCCCGUCAAGUACAUGCCCGGCGUGUCGGCGCACAUCAUGGUUGACAACGUCAACACGCGUACCGCCUUCACCGCCUCGGCCAAGACUGAUCUGGGCCUGGCGAUCGGCACGGGAGAGACCAUUCUGACGGUGAUCGUCACGCCCUCCGCCGCCACGCCCGUCACUGUGCUCAACACCAUCAUCAAGACCUUCACAGGUUACACUGCCACGUGCACCAAGACCGCCACCGCCGUGGGCACCGCCACCGUGGGCCUCACCGCCGUGUCGCACACCGCCGCCGCCGCCGCGCUGCCCGACACGCUGACCCAGGCGGCCAACGGUGUGGUGUUUGCGUGCAGCGGCAUCCCCGACGGAGCCUUCAUCCCCAUCUACGUCACCGCCAGCGGGAACACUGCCGUGGCCGAGGUGAUCACGCCCACCGGCGGUGUGCUGCGCCUGGUGGGUUUCGACUUCACCUCCACCUCACCCGGCCUGACCGACUGGGCGCAGCUGGUGUCGUACAACUUCCGCAUCGCCACCGGCGCGGAGGACUCGCAGCAAUAGACUCAAACUGCUGCUCGGGAUGCAAGUGAGGAGCUGCGCCACGCCACGCAGCUCAAACGGACAUUUAUGUUGUGUGUUUACCUGGAUUGGAAAGAAGCCGGGAACGCCAUGAGAAUUGUUUAUGCGUGUAGGUGGGUGUGCACGAUGCUGCGGUGCUGGUUGCCCAAGGUGUGAUUAGAGUGUUAGGACGGGUUGGCCCUGUGCACGUGACUGCGCACCCAUUGCGCAGGCAGUCCGCCGUGUUUGCUUGUUACCAUGGUUACCGACCGCAUCAAGUCGGCAUCUUGCAUCCAAGACACAAAGAUUGCCCUCGUCCAUUUUCGCGCUGAUGUCCAGGCUUGCGCGCGCACACGCGCACGAGCGUAUGGGCAUGCGCCUGCGCCCGGGUGUGCCAAAAUUGUUGGUUAGGGUUCGGCAGGUUGGCGGAGGGGGGCGGCGGACAAGGGGUGUGGAAGUUUGGAAAACAGGUGGACGCAUGCGUGCCGGAUUUUGAAGGUUGUUGUCCCGCUGCCAAGGGGGAGCAGGAGGAGGAGGGGGGGCGGGCGGUCCGGACAGUCCUGCGCGAGGAAACCUUCACUGCGUGCGCCGCCUGCGCGCAACUACCAAUGCUUGUUUGCCUUGCUUUGUAAGGACCAUUUAUG